AUGUUACCAUUCAAAUGUUUUAUUCUCCUUAUCUGCUAUUGUUUUUUGGCGUGUAACGCUCUUCAAUGUAUAACUAAUUGUUCGUAUACACUCAGUUUUGGUAUACCAUUCGAUGUACCAGUACAGUGCAGUCAAGUGGCAUCGGCCGGAAAAUGCCAUGUAGUUGUUACAUUUUGGUACUACCUUCAAGAAUACGUCGUGACACUCAAUGCUGGAUCGUCGAAUACCAUUUCUAGUUCGGAUAAUCAACGUCAUGCCAUGUUUGAAGUACGGCCAACCGAUUCGUACUAUUUUAAGUAUGACAUUCAUCAUGCAUGCAAGGAUAGAAAUGAUUGCGCUCAAGACUUUGCCCGAGCCGCAAUAACUGAAAUGAUUCAGCGUAAAAUUGAUUAUCAAUCUAUCAUCAGUGAACUUAGACCGCUAGUCUCAGCUGAUUCACAAUCUGAGAACACUACGAAUCUUGUCUGUUUCGAUUCAGAAGAAACAACGAGUCAAUGUGCAGUUGCAACUAAUCUUGGCUCAUGUGUAAUUGCGGAUAAAUUAAUUGAAAAGGAAAUAACUUACUACUGUAACACUGGCAUGCAUGCCAGGUUAGGGUAUUUAAAUAUUUCUGAUUCGGGUAGCUUUGCUACGUUUGAUAUUCAUUGCAAUCAAUCCUUGUGUAAUGAACUGUCAACACUCAAAGCUGCCAAAAGCAUUCUGUUCAAGUACGGUCUAACAGAAACACCCGAAGGACGAUUGAACAAUAGUUCUCAACUUAUAAAAAUAUCUGUUUGGCUAAUUAUUAGUCUAUUGGCAAUUAAAAAUUAG